CAUUUGUUACUAAUUCAGUCUGCAUUAAGAGUUCAAAAGGUCACAAAAGGGUCCGACAAUGUCAAAAGUUCUUAAAAACAUUAAAGACCUUUUUAAAAACACUAGCAUUGAGGGUCUUAAAUUCUGCAUCUUUUCUAAAAAUCUGUAUGAACGACUUUUUUGGACUUUGGUGGUUAUAUGCACUCUAGCGUGCUCUGGAUAUGUGACGGCUUUAUUCUGGAACAGAUACGUCAGUAAUCCAAAACGAAUAACUUUAAAAACUGGUUUUGCUUCGCCACUUACUGUCCCAUUUCCUGGCGUGACCAUAUGUAACUUCAACGUGGCUCUUGUCAGCAAAAUUAACAACUUUCUGAAUAAACUAGAUGGCACACCCGAAGAACUAAACAUAGUUAAUGAGACUUUAUCAAAAUGGGUUGCUGUUGAAGUUAUAACUCAAACUACGUCUCAGAUCAACAGUACUAAUCUUGAAUUAAUUCAAAAUAUUCUCGAUAAGAAUGAUUAUAAUGAAAUGAGAAGUAUACUGAGACAGGUUACACAAACAUGCGACGAACUAUUAAUAAAAUGUUCCUGGAACAAGAAACCUAUAAAAUGUAACAAAAUAUUUGAAGAAAUUUAUAUAGGGUCAGGUCGAUGCUGCAGCUUCAACUAUGUCCCAGAAACAUCCAAUAGGAAACCAGUUCACACUAGCAAAAUCGGAUUAUUUACUGGUUUAAAAGUGUGGAUAAAACCAGAGUAUAACACAAGAGAUUUUGCAGGAGUUGGGGUGAUUUUCCAUGAUCCAAAGGAUUUUCCUUACAAAACUGAAGCGAGAAAAACAUUAUCCCUAGGAACCCUAAAUUAUGUUCACGUAGAAGCUUCUAGAAAAGGGUGCAGUUCAACAGUAAAGAGUUUACCUAUAUCUCAACGCCAGUGUAUCUAUGAAGACGAGAAAAAGAUAGAUUUCUUUCGAAAAUACUCUAUAACGAACUGCUUCAUUGCAUGCAAAGCUGAAGUAUUUUUCAAGGAGUGCCACUGUAUCCCUCAUUUCUUUGGAUUUGGUCAUGAUAAGCCAGUUUGCACUGUUGAAAAACUAUCUUGUAUCGAAGAGAAUAACAAUGUACUCAAACAUAAUUGUGAUUGCCCUGCCGAAUGUGAAUUUGAUGUUUACAAAGUUGUUGCUUCUUCUACUAAAAUUUUACCUACUAAUAAUACAAUAGAAAAUAUGGGUGAUUUAGUAUUCAUCAAUAUUUUUUUCAACAUACAUCACCGUAUAUGGAUGACUGAUACAAUUAAUACAAGUAUUUAUUUGUGGUCUUCUUUUGGAGGUAUCUACAGCUUAUUCUUAGGCUGUAGCUUCAUAAGUAUUAUUGAAGUGUUUUACUACAUGGUUGGUAAAUCAAUCGAUCUUAAUAUGAUGACUGACCAACAAAAAAAGCUAAUGCCUACAAGAAACAAAAUACAAAUCCAAACCUUCAAGAUUGAGAAACAACCGUCUAAAUAUCCUGAUAUUCCAUUUACUAACUAACUUCUUAAAAGUACACUUCCUUAC